AUGGAAAUCCUUAACCACCAAGGCGAACCAGUUACCCACUCCCGCGCCCUCCUCCCCGGCCCCACAAAACUCCGUCUCCACUACUACACCACCUCCACCUCCCCUUCCUCCUCCGACAAACCCGCCCUCCUGCUGCUCCAUGGCGUCCCCAAAACGUCAUACUACUGGCGAAAGGUCAUCCCCCUCCUCUCCCACAAAUACCGCAUCAUCUGUCCCGACAUGCGUGGACUCGGUGACAGCAGCCAUCCCGCGAGUGGAUAUGACAUGGGUACCGUCGCGCGGGACUUUGCAGAUUUGAUGACGGAAUUGGGAAUCGAGAAGUUUCAUCUCGUGGGUGAAGAUUGGGGUGCAGCGGCGGCGUAUGCACUCGCCGCACAAUGCCCCAACCGCGUCAAGAGCCUCGUGUUCCAAGAGAUGGUCCUCCCCGGCUACGGCCUCGAAUCCUGGUCUGCAUUCACCAAAGUCCAUGUCAACUCCGGUACCUGGCUCUGGCACGUUGGGUUCUACGCUGUGCCCGAUGUCCCGGAGCUUCUCAUUACCGGUCACGAACGAGAGUAUUUCUCCUCCUUCAUCAAGAAUGAAGCCUGGAACCCCUCUGCUAUUACCCCUGACGCAAUCAACGAAUACGUCCGUUGUUACUCAAACCCCGGUGGUUUACGGUCCAUGCUCUCAAUUUACCGCGCAACCCUCGAGACUGGGGAUCAGAACCGGGAAUUCUCAAAGAACAAGCUGAAGAUGCCCGUGUUGGCUAUCGGGAGCAAGCACUUCAUCGGCGAAGAAGUCAAAAGACAGAUGGAGUAUGUGUCUGAAAAGGUCGAGUACAAGGAACUGCCGUGGGGACAUCAGUUGGCGGAGGAGUGUCCGGAGGAGUUGGCGGGGGUUUACUUGGAGUGGUUGGAAGGAAAGAAAUAG